CCAUCUUCAUUAAUCAUCAAAACAACAAUGGUUAAAUUCAUUUUCUUAGUCCUUAUUUUCUCUCUAAUCUCAUCUUCCAUUUUCGCCUUCACCCCACAAGAUUAUUCAAAUGCCCUCGAAAAAUCCAUUCUUUUCUUCCAAGGCCAACGCUCCGGCCACCUUCCGCCCUCUCAACGUCUCAAAUGGCGAGCUGAUUCCGGCCUCUCCGACGGUUCCUCUAACAAUGUUGAUUUAGUAGGAGGGUACUAUGAUGCCGGUGAUAACGUUAAAUUCGGUCUCCCAAUGGCGUUUACGACCACAAUGUUAGCAUGGAGCGUUAUUGAGUUCGGAAAUUCUAUGCCGAAUCAAAUAGAAAACGCUAGAGAAGCUGUUCGAUGGGGAUCUGAUUAUCUUCUUAAAGCAUCAAACGCAAUCGCAAACGCAAACGCUGAUAUUUUAUAUGUUCAAGUAGGAGAUCCGAACCAAGAUCAUAGAUGUUGGGAGAGACCAGAAGAUAUGGAUACUCCUAGGAAUGUGUAUAAAGUAACAAAUUUAAAUCCCGGGUCGGAUGUCGCAGCUGAAACCGCAGCCGCGUUGGCGGCUGCGUCCAUCGUUUUCAGAGACUCCGACUCUUCUUACUCUCUAAGAUUACUAAACGCGGCCAAGAAAGUUUUUGAAUUUGCGGACAAGUAUAGAGGAUCUUAUAGUGACUCUCUUGGAUCAGUUGUUUGUCCAUUUUAUUGUUCUUAUUCAGGAUACCAUGACGAGCUUCUAUGGGGAGCUUCGUGGUUAAAUCGAGCAUCGGAGAAUGGCUCAUAUUUAUCGUAUAUCGAAUCGAAUGGACAUACUUUAGGUGCUGAAGAAGACGAUUUCUCUUUUAGUUGGGACGAUAAGAAACCUGCUACCAAGAUUCUUCUUUCAAAGGGAUUUUUGGAAAAUAAUAUACAAGAAUUUCAAAUGUUUAAAUCACAUUCAGAUAGCUACAUUUGUUCUCUAAUUCCUGGUUCCUCAAAUUUUCAGGCACAAUAUACCCCAGGUGGACUUCUAUACAAAGGAAGCGAAAGCAACCUCCAAUAUGUAACAACAUCCGCCUUUCUCCUCCUUACAUACGCCAAUUACCUCACCACAAGUGGUGGUGUCGCAACUUGCGGUUCAAAUUCCAUAACUCCGGCCGAUCUCAUAUCCCACGCAAAAAAACAAGUAGACUACAUUCUCGGCGAUAACCCUGAAAAAACCUCGUACAUGGUUGGUUUUGGUCAAAAGUACCCUCUUCACAUCCAUCAUAGAGGAUCGUCAUUGCCUUCCGUACAUGAUCACCCUAAUCGUAUUGCAUGUGGCGAUGGAUUUAAUUACUUGUACGCGAAUUCUCCGAAUCCUAAUGUUCUAGUUGGAGCAAUAGUUGGUGGACCGGAUAAUAGGGACAAUUUUGCUGAUGAUCGGAAUAAUUAUCAGCAAUCUGAGCCAGCAACUUAUAUAAAUGCGCCAUUUGUUGGGGCUGUCGCUUUUUUCGCGGCGGGAGGGAUAGUUAGAUGAAGAUAUGGGAUGUUGUCUUUGUGAGAUUUGAAUGUGAAAAUCAAAUAUAAAAGUGUAAAAUGUAUGAUAAUAUAGAAAAUUGAAAGAUAUGUAUGAUAUAAAAGAUCAAUUUAAUUUAAAUAUGGAGAGUGUCAAUUUGACAAUUCAUCCUCUAUCUAUACAUUUGAUUUCUAAAAACUUUGUAACUAUAGUUAUAUAUUAUGCAAUUCCAUUUUUAUUAAAAAUACAUGUCAUAUGUAGUUACUUUAUUUU